GCGAGCCGGGGAGCCCGCCCUCGCUGCCGCUGGGCCUGGCGCGGCAGGUCAUCAACCUGGUGCAGACCAGCACCGCCGAGUGGCUGCCGCACGUCUCCUUCACCGCGGGCGUGCUCUGCCCCCUGUGUGCGCAGUCCGGCGACCCCCACGUGAUCGACGUCGCGGAGCUGGGGGAGGAGGUCGCCCGGGACGCACGAGCCCGUGUCGCUGAGGCACGCGGCGUGGGCGGCGCAGUGGCGCCAGGACGGUCUCGCCGAACUUCAGCCCGCCGAACUCUCCAGAGGGGCCCAGGGGCCGGCGGCGUGGGCGCACGUGCUCGAUCUGCACGGACGACGACGACGACGUGGCGCUGA